UACUAGUGAACGUUAUACCCGACUCAGUACUUUAUAUUUCAGAUAUAAGUGAGCAAAUAAAAUGUCGAAUCCUUUGUAUAGGAAACAAACCUGUUAUUUGUGUGAAAUGCCCCGGUCACCGUGGGCAGUUCUACAUGAUUUUACGGAGAUAGUUUGUCGGAGCUGUGUAAAUUAUGAAGGUCCAGGUCCGGACAGAAUCGAGGCUAUCCUCGCCUCUGCCCGGAGGAUGCGUGGUAGUUACGGCAUGCAGGAAGUUCAGCAGAUUAAACGAGAAUCUGCUCCGUAUCCGGGAGCACAGCGACCUCUGAGCUUCCAGCAACCUGUUGAGGUCGGAGGAGGAGGUAUCCCCAUGUAUACUAGUCCCCUUGGAGCACCUCAAUUACAUGGACUAGAGCAAGGGUUUCAACGGAGACAACCUAGUAAUCCUCAUGCUCAGACUUUUGGUCCUGGUGGUCCACUAACUACGAACGGGAUGGGCCCGGGCUACACAGAUAAGAUGAAGGGACCAGAAAAUAAGAAUAAAGUGGGUGGGCCACCAUUGUCCCGCCCCCUCUCGAAUGGGCCUCCCUCCACACAGUCCCGCCCAGACCAGGUUUCCUCGUCUAGUAACGGACAGGUUCGUGAAGGUGAGGUGGGUGCUGAUGGGAACCCUAUACUCAAGUGCACCAACUGUGCUGGUAAACUAGAGGAUACACACUUUGUUCAGUGUCCCAGCAAUCAGACACACAAGUUCUGCUUCUCAUGCUGCAGGGACUCCAUCAUUAAACAAGGAAAUGAGGCGUUCUGUCCUAGUGGUGAUAAAUGUCCUCUAGCUGGUUCUACUGUACCCUGGGCGUUUAUGCAGGAGGAAAUACAAACUAUUCUAGGAAUGAACAAUCUGAAAGAGAAAAGCUAGACCAGUCUACACUAGAGGACUGAAUACCAGUUCUGGAGAUAUAAAUAAAACCCUGAACCUCGAUCAUAUCUUGGAGAUAUUUUUCUUAAUCAAAAUUCCUUAACUGUGAGAUAUAAUAUGUUAAUCAUUUAAAGAUAUUUAUCAAUGCAUAAUAUCUCGAUGCAAAUAAUGUUCAAAAAUUUGCGUUUUUUUAUUAAAAAAAUCUGAAUAUAUUUUACAAUUCACCCCCUUUUUGCAUUUUGUCACAAUCCCGACCUCCAGCUAGUGGAAAUAUUUUAAUUAAGUAUAUCACUUGCUUUCAGUUUACGGCACUUCCUUUUUUUCUUGAACAAACAAAAAAUUUAAAUCAAAAAGUGAUAAAAGAAAAUUUAAAUGUUGUAUUUUCGACCUAUUAUAUUGUUGAUGAGUGUGAUAUUAUUGUUGUCUAUAGAUGUUAAUGUUACCUGUAAAUUCAGAGUUUAGUGUAAUGUUUAUACUUGUUUUAACUAGAUUAAAACCGGGGUUAAAAGCUAGUUAAAAGUAGAUAAAAUCAGAUUUCAGGUUUUAAUUGGUUUAACUAGAUUAAAACCAGGUUUAAACUAGAUUCAACUAGAUUAAAACCGGGUUAAAAACUAGUUUAAAAUAGAUAAAAUCAGAUUUCAGGUUAUAACUGGUUUAACUAGAUUAAAACCAGGUUUAAACCAGAUUUAACUAGGUUAAAACCGGGGUUAAAAACUAGUUUAAAAUAGAUAAAAUCAGAUUUCAGGUUUUAACUGGUUUAACUAGAUUAAAACCAGGUUUAAACCAGAUUUAACUAGAUUAAAACCGGGGUUAAAAACUAGUUUAAAAUAGAUAAAAUCAGAUUUCAGGUUUUAACUGGUUUAACUAGAUCAAAACCAGGUUUAAACUAGUUUUAUCUAGAGUAAAACCAAGGUAAAACUAGUUUGAACUGGUUUUAAAUUAGAUUAGUGAUACUGUUCCAACCUCAGCAACUGUGAUCUCAAGUUGUUCUAAGGCCUCUUUUUAAAAUCAAAUUGAACAUUUUGUCAAUGAUUAUGAUUAAAUUAAUAGUUUUAAAUUGUCUCCAGAUAUUUUUGAUAACAAUGUCCAUAACAUAAUUUAUAUUCAAGCAAAUGUUAUAAUUUAACAAACCUUUACUUAAACAUUUUCUAUCCACACUUUGAAGGCAAUUCAUUUUUAAUAUUAUUGAUAAUUUGUUCAGAAGCAGAAACUUUUAAAUGAACGUAAUGAGUUAAAUUUUUCUCGCGGGGGAUUAAACGGCAUUUCAUAGGUCAAAUGGUCAAAAUUCGGAUGAAUGACGAUGCUCGAUUCACAACAGUACCCUUGAACCCGUUUUUCAGUUCAAUGAUGUCCAAGAUAUUGUUGUAUUCUAGUGAUAACUCCUAUUUGGAUUCCUGCCAUAGAAAUGCGCAUGUCACUUUUGUUCAGAAAACACAAUUCAUAAUAACUAAUUUUCCAAAUUAUAAACAUUGACAUUUUAUUCAUAACUGGUCAAGCAAAGGUUAAAGGGUACAGUUGUGAAUCAGACAUUGCAAUUUGCCAUUUUUGCAUGAAGAGCUACAUGAAAUCCUACAGAUCCUUUACGAGAAGAAAAGAACUUAAACUUAUUCUGUUCAUUUAAAUGUUCCCAGCUUAGGGGCUUUCUUUCACGAAAAAGUGUUAAAUCAUGUAAUAUUAUUGUAUGAAGGUAUAAAAAAGGUCCAAAUCAAAACGUUUAACCAUGAAAAAUAGUUGUGGCAUUAUGUAAUAUUUUAUUGCAUUGCGUAAAUUUAAUUAAUUCAAUCUUAAUUACGUAAAAUGUAUAAUGUAACAACAGCAUAUAACUAACAUGUUGAUAUUUGAUCAAAUAUGAUCCAAACAAAAUAUAGAUGAAUUGAAGUACGUCGAAUUGUCGUUAAAUAAUACCUCUUCUUACGUUAUACAUUUGGACUAGUAAACUUUCGUAUGGUUUAAUGUACUGCACUGUUAACGUAUGUAUGCACUGUACUAUUCACAUAUUUAUGUAUAUGUACUGUACUGAGCUGUUUUGCAAAAUAAAGAACCGGUUACCUGUAAAUAAACAAUUACCUAACAUUA